ACAGGUCUAUCGAUAACCACCUGCUGCUUUUGUUUUUGUUGACAUGGGCAAAUAGAAAGUGUGUUUUGGCCAAAGGCCAGUAGCCCAGUUAAUAGGCCAGCAUGCAAUGAAGGGCCGAGCGUAUUUGGCCAUUGGCAGCGUUUUUCUCGGCUGCUGCGGCGCCGUUGUUUUCCUCGAAUCGCUGGUCAAAUUGGAUCCCGGGGCUGGUAAUUUAAUUACGACAGCACAAUUCGCAUUUAUUGCCCUCGAGGGCUUCAUCUUUACGGCCAAAUUCGGCUGGACCAAGCGCGUUGUCAGCCUGCGUGAUUAUGCUCUGCUCGUGGCCAUGUUCUUCUUGACCAGCGUGUGCAACAAUUACGUGUUCCACUUGAAAGUGGGCAUGACGCUGCACAUGAUCAUACGUGGCGGCAGCUUGAUAUCGAACAUGUGCCUUGGCAUCCUGGUGUUGAAGCGACGCUAUCAACCCAGACAAUAUGUGGCUGUUGUCAUGAUCACCAUCGGCAUCUUCAUUUGUACCUAUUUCUCUAGCCGACAAAUUGAAGUGCCGGCUGGAGAAGAUUUGCUGACGGCAGCAGCCAUGUUCUGGUGGUUUGUGGGCGUCUUUCUGCUGGUGCUGGCUCUGUUCAUAUCCUCGUACAUGGGCAUUACACAGGAGUUGCUGUAUCGCAAGCAUGGCAAAUGCGCAAGGGAGGCGCUCUUCUACACUCACCUGUUGCCGCUGCCCGCCUUUUUGUGCCUCCACGACAACAUACGCAAUCAUUGGAACUUGGCACUGGCCAGCGAACCCUAUACGCUGCCUGGCCUCGGUGGCAUUGCUGUGCCGCUGUUGCUGCUCUAUCUGCUGGGCAAUGUGCUGAUGCAGCAUCUGUGCAUCAGCUCGGUUUACUAUCUGACCACCGAAUGCAGUUCCCUGACAGUGACCUUCAUUCUAACGCUUCGCAAAUUUGUCUCCUUGGUGUUCUCUAUAAUCUACUUUCGCAAUCCCUUCACGCUUUAUCACUGGCUGGGCACUUUGCUUGUUUUUGCGGGCACUUUGCUUUUUGCCGACGUCUUUGGCUCGAAGCGUAAGACUGUGAAAACUCAUUAAGUAUUCCGAACUUAUAGCUAUAAUGAACAAAGUCUCAAAGAUUGAUUAUUCCAUUUUACAUUUAAGUACAAAUUACAAUAGAAUACACAUAUAUACGAAAUAAAAGUACAAUUGGUUAAAAGUAAA